UUCAUAAUAGUUAUUGUGAUCUUGGUAUUUUACUCAGGUAAGGGCUUUCUGUUUAGUGAUGAGUGAUGAAAUAGGUGUGCGUGACGUAUGUUUUGGGUACAGAUGAGCGCGUGACACGUGCCGUGAAGCAGAGACGUUGCGCGUGACGCAUAACUGGAGAAAACCUGUGUUUAGAAAGACAACAUGACGAAAUUUCAUUACUCCCCUCGGCUUACCACCCACACAUGACAGUAAAGAUCCAAAAAUAAGACCGCUUGGCAGACUCGAAAGACAUUUACAAAUUUCCCCUGAUUUCCUCCCACAUCUUGGACUUACAAACAAGCAAACACAGCACGUGAUUUACACCGCACGUGCAAUGCCCUCACGACUUUUGGCGAGCGCUUUUUUCUCGAUUAGUGGCUAAUUGAAAGGUUUCGCCGUUUACAGGCACACGCAACAGAAUUUUAGUUUAGAGAAGCAAAACGAUGGCGUUUGUAAAGUUAUUUAUAUGUGAAUUUAUUCAUCUUUUAGCAAACAUACCGUGGGGAUCGACAAUCUUGAAGCAAAAUUUGGAAGGAGAAAGACAUGUAAUGCAUGGUUUCACUUUCUCUAGAAAUUUUACGGUGGACAAACUUGAAAAUAAAAGCCGUCAGCUUGGCAAAGAAGAUGGAACUUGUUUAAAAGACGCCUUCAAAGACAUCUUGCUUGUUAUUGUCUUCAAUUAUCCAUUCUACGACAGUAUACCUCAUCUUGUUGCUCUGUAUCAACCUGCUUUCCCGCAUCUGUUAUUCUGCGGUCCACCCCACAAUACAACGCGCCCAGACAUUCUCACAGUCGACAUCAUCAAAGGUUUCCUAGGUUACGAGUGUCUUGGCAGGGCAAUACGGCAACAUCCGGGUCAUCAGGGAUAUUUGUACAUCAGCGAUGACGUCAUACUGAAAUACUGGAACUUCCCGGAUUUUGACCGGGAGAUGAUCUGGGAAUCUUAUUCGAUUAUUUCGUAUCCGGUUAACGAGCCUGCGGGCACUCAGUGGUACUGGCUGAACACUCCGUACGGUUUGAAAAGUUGUCAAAGGGCUUGUAAAGACGUAUCGAAUAUCCACGCUUCCGAAACAUUUAACUCAACAUUUCUAUUAAAUACUCUUUUGAAAAACAGCAAUGGGACAUUGCGAUGCUUUGGCGGUCGCUCGGACGUUCUGUACAUUCCUCGAAAGCACGCCAACCUGUUCGCAGUUAUUUCAGAAACGUUUCUCAAACAGAAAGUUUUUCUAGAAAUCGCCGUACCCACUAUCAAUCGUUUUCUGGAACGGAACGAAAACAUCGGCCUCCUGCCUGGAUCUUACAUCCCUGGGGGCAAAAACGACCCUGAAACUAGUGAUGGCAGGUUCUUGUGGUAUGUUUACUUAUCGAACGACGACCUCUGCUUUAUUCAUCCUUUUAAACUCCAUCGAGAUGAACUCGACACCAAGUUUAAUUUAGCUAUGUUCAAGUUUAUUCUCUUGGAGAAGGUCAAAGCGAUCACGAACUGCUAGUCUAAUAGUUUUGUCCUAACACAAACUCACAGUAUAACCAGCCAUAUAGAAAUCAAAAAAAGGAUUUUGUAAAUUAAACAAAUGAACUGCCUUUCAAUGUUGUUACUAAUUAGUGAAGUUUAAACAAACGAAAUCAUAAUCGUGACACUGCUUGGAUCUGAACUUUACCAACAAAAACUUUUAUGAUUUCGUCUCCAGAUUUCUCCUUAAUUUUAUUUUCUAUUUUGAGAAGAUAUAUCAAACACUCAAGACAGUUGUCAACACAUUUCCAAACAUAUCCAAACUCGUCAAAAAUACCGCACGGUUUGUCCUAUUUUCAACUCUCUUCUUGGUCUUUGGAAUUAUGGUAAAGCACGCUCUCGCGUGUGUGAUAUAUUACUUAUAGCUGGAUGAGGUAAUCAGCACAAAGAAUGAAGGAAAAAAAAAAAGAUUUUAAUGCAGACUCCAUAAACGGAAGCACCUUAGAAAGGGCCCUAAAAUGGGGUUGAGGGAAUAAAUCCCAUUUUCCAUGCCAGGCCAAGAAGUGCACAAGUGCCAUUUCACAGCCUAUUUUUUGCCCAGAUCCCAGUCACCUACUCAUAUAUUUCUUAGCGAUAAAUCCCAGUUUCAAUAACCUAAAUCCCAUUUUCCCAGGGAAAAAAUAGGCAAAUUCCAGUUCUCAUUUUAUCCCUUCAGGCUCGUCUUAGAUGAACCACCUAUAAACAACGACCAAGUUUUUCGUGCUCCAGUCUGCGCAACGAAGUGACCUUCAGCCAACCAUUGUUGUUAUUCAAAGAGAGCUUACUGCUAGAUUGACCAAAUCUCGUGAAGCACUCUAGCCGGUGAGAACGUGGCCAAAAUGAUCAAAUGAAAGGGAUUUUUUUUUUUGAUUCUAAAGAUGCAGAUUUUGGGAUCCAACUGGUAAAUCAAACGAAAUUGUUGCCUCAAGGUAUAAAUUACUACGACUCCCCGCGAGCGAGUCGCCAGUUUACACCAGCGCCAGUUUGUAUGGAGAUCAGGAGUUGACAUUAAAUUCGUUCAAUGUAUGGGUAAUUUACCGAAUAAAGA